AUGACGCUGUCAACACAAGAAAAGGAAAUCCACUCAAAAAUCGAUCGCGGAAAAUGUUGCUCUUGCCACAACAAUUCGCUGCUGCUUCUGGGAGUGUUUUCCGGUGAAGAACGUCUUCUUUGCUGGUUUCUCAAAGCGAGAGACUAG